UUAGCGCGAACGCUCGGGAGUAUACCGUGUGCGCCAAAAAAGCACACCUCCCACCAGUAGUGGUUAGUCGUAGUUUGCAGGAACAAAAUAUAUAUUAUAUAUAUUAUAUUAUAUACGUGUGUAUAUAUAUAUAUAUAUAUACAUAUAUAUUAUUAUUAUUAUUAUUAUAUAUUAUAUACAGCAACAGCAACAACAAUAACAACCAUCCAAAAUCACGUAUAAUAAUAUAUAUAUAUAUAUAUAUAUAUAUAUGUAUAUGUGUAUAUAUAUUUUUAUAUAUCGCCUUUAAUAAUCGCCGUUUUAUCAAAAAAAAUAAAAGAAUUUGACGCGUCUUGUAAAAAUCGAGUGUACAUCAUUACGACACCGAUCGUGUGAAUCGCCGACACCACCGCUGCCAUCGCCGCUGCCGGGUUAACCACCACCGCAACGGACACCACGUGAACAUCAAAUUCGUAUUCAAUUUCGUGUUAUAUAAUAUAUAUAUAUAUAUUUAUAUAUAAUUGUGUGUACGCGUGCUUAUAUUAUCUCGGUCUCUCCGUUUUUGUUUCUCGGCCUACGUGUGUGUGUCUCUCUUUCUAUUUCUCUUCUGUCUGUGUGUGUAGUGUGUAUAUUAUACGCGGGUGUCACUCUCCGCACAGGAUUCUCUCUUGCGCCGGUCGAGUCGUGAAGAUUUACGACGAAAAUCAAUUUUAAUUUUUCGAAAUCAAUCCGUUCGCUAUCCGCCGGUCUUCGUGCCAUUCGCUUUCGCCGUCGCCCGAUCGAAUAAAAUCGAAACCACGUGAACUGUGCAGCAGCAGCAGCAGCAGCAUAAAAUACAAUAUCAACCGGCUCGUUCGCGUUUAUAUUGCACACGUCGGACACAACACACACUCGCCCACGAUACACUUAUCGCGCUUCACCCUUUCGUUCGGUCGUCGCCAAAAGUUAACGUACACACGCACACAUACACACACGCACGCGUGAAUUAUUAUUGUUGUUAUCGCAUUAUAUCGUCUGUACGAUGGAAUCGCAGAGCGCACAGGACACAGUGACCGUGGCCGCGGAGGUGCCCAACGACCCUGGGAAAAUGUUCAUUGGCGGUCUUAGUUGGCAGACCAGUCCAGAAUCAUUGAGAGAGUACUUCAGUAAGUUUGGAGAGAUAACUGAAGUUAUGGUUAUGAAAGAUCCAACAACUCGUCGAUCAAGCCGUGUUGCUGUAGCUGAUCAGACCGCUGGAAACGAAAACGAGCUGAAAUAUGUGUCAAGGGGAUUCGGGUUCGUUACUUUUGCAGAUCCAUCGAGCGUGGACAAAGUUCUGGCACAAGGAUCACAUGAGUUGGAUGGCAAAAAAAUUGAUCCGAAAGUGGCAUUUCCACGACGAGCUCAUCCGAAGAUGGUGACUCGAACGAAAAAAAUCUUUGUUGGUGGUUUGUCGGCGCCAACAACGUUAGAAGACGUCAAAAACUACUUUGAACAAUUUGGACCGAUUGAAGACGCGAUGUUAAUGUUCGACAAACAAACAAAUCGACACAGAGGCUUCGGUUUCGUGACUUUCCACUCGGAAGAUGUAGUAGAUAAGGUCUGCGAAAUACAUUUCCAUGAAAUCAACAGUAAAAUGGUGGAGUGUAAAAAAGCGCAACCGAAGGAAGUGAUGCUGCCGGCCAACCUGGCGAAAACGCGAGCUGCUGGCCGCGGGACUUACGAUUUUAUGUGGCCAUUGGGGACCUUGCCUGACGGUUUUCCGGCGGCUGCGUACGCGGCUUAUGCCUCUAGCCGAGGUUUUUCGGGUUACCCUAGUUUCGGACUCUCGUAUCCAGCAGUGAUGAGCAAUUACCACCAUCAGGCAGCCGCGGUCGCCGCCCAAGGUUUCGGGCCACCAGCGUCGCCGCACACCGGCGGCCCCGGCAACCCGCGGGCCGCCGCGUUCCCGCCGGCCACGUCGCCCGGCCCCGGCGCCCCGUCCACCAUGGACAUGUACAGCUCGAACCCGGCCGAUUACGUGCAAGCAGCGUCACCGCAACCGUCCGCGUUCCCCGCGAUCGCCGUCUCACGUGCGCCCAUUAAUUACAAUCCUGUAGGGGCCUUUGAUUCCGGCCGCUUUUACCAAUGGGUACCACUGAACAACGCUAGAGUCAAUAAAUUUCUUCCAUCGUAAGGUUGACCGAUAUUAGUCGCCCCUAUGCGUGUGAUUGACUCAAUAACUCACAACUAUCACCAGAGAUAUAUAUAUAAACGUCUCACUCACUCUCACUUACACCAAAGGUUUUCUUUCUCAAUAAUGCUAUUAAUAAUAAUCGUUUCUAUAUAUUAUAUAAUAAUUAUAAUGAUUAAAAAUUUAAAAAAAAACAUGUUUUAUUAUAUUAAUAAUGUUUAUAUUAUGAUAACAAAU